UCCACCGGAAGACGCUCUGACCUUAUACCUGCAGCAUGGAUAUAAAACACCCAAACAAAUCCCAUCACAACUCCGUCACUUCAAACCUAGUUCUUACUCUUCUCACUCAAAAGAAACUACCUCCACAACGGUCAACAUGCCCAAUACAAUCACCGUCACCCUGCCCCGGCUGGCCAAAAUGAUCGACCACUCCCUCCUGCACCCGACCAUGACCGACGCCGACAUCCGCGCCGGCCUGCAGAUUGCCCGCGACCACCACGUCGCCACCGCCUGCGUCAAGCCCUACGCCAUCCCGCUCGCCAAACAGGCGCUCGCCGGGUCGGACGUCCUCAUCUGCCCGGUCAUCGGGUUCCCGCACGGCAACAGCACCACCGAGAUCAAAGUCCUCGAGGCCACCGCCGCGGCCCAGGCGGGCGGCGCCGAGAUCGACAUGGUCGUCAACGUCGGCAAGGUCCUCGGCGGCGACUGGGCGUAUGUCACGGACGAAAUCCGCCGGAUUAAUGCCGCGGUCGUCGCGAACGGGGCCGCCCUCAAGGUCAUCUUCGAGAACGACUACCUGCAGCCCGAGCACAUUGCCCGGCUGUGUGAGAUCUGCUCGCAGCUGGAAGUGGCGUUUGUCAAGACGUCAACCGGGUAUGGGUUCGUCAAGCAGAGGGAUGGCUCGUAUAACUACAAGGGUGCGACCGUCGGGCAUCUGAAGUUGAUGCGGGAGAAGUCCGCCCAGAAGGUGCAGAUCAAGGCUGCCGGCGGCGUGCGGACGCUGGAUGAUCUGCUGCAUGUGAUGAGCUUGGGCGUGACGCGGAUUGGGGCCACAGCGACGGUCGCGAUUCUGGAGGAGGCUAGGAAGCGUGGCAUAGGGAAUGAGCCUGUGGAGGUGACGUUCAAGCCGAUGGCGGAGGAGGGAACCACAGGGGGCUAUUAGGUUCGGUGCUGAUGCCUCAAGACUUAAGAAUGCAUGUAUUCCGAGUCUAGCCGAAAGCAAUUCACGGUCAAUUUUCGAGGUCAGCGUUGAAGAAAGGGUCGUUGUCGAGAUCCCAUAGCCAG